AUGGCCCAAAUUUAUAACAAACAUCGUCAAGGAUCCUCGUUUACAAAGCCAGGCUGGGACAACAUUCACAAAACAUUCAAUGAAAAGACAGGGAGAGGAUAUGAGAAGAAACAACUGAAAAAUAGAUUGGAUAACCUGAGGAAAGAGUGGAAGCUAUUUGAGCAGCUAAUUGGUAAGGAGACUAGCAUAGGGUGGGACCCUGAAAGGAACACAGUGGUGGCACCUGAUGAGUGGUGGGAGAGAAAGAAGCGGGAAAAUCCAGCAUACGAAAAUUUUAGGCAGCAUGGGUUAAAAUUUCGGACAGAAUUAGAAACUCUAUUUAGGGGCACUAUGGCAUCAGGACAAGAUAUGUGGUCACCUUCUUCAACCCAACCUGAGCCACAGCCUGAGCCACAGCCUGAGCCACAGAGGACUGAGCAGUCAAAUGAUUACUGA